AUGGAAAAAUCAUUCAAUAGCAUUGCAUGGAGGGAGGCGGCGACCGGCGGGUUCUACAUGGGCCUGACCUAUGCGAUCCUUGCGAUCGCCGGUCACCUGAUGCGCUCGCAUACGGGCGUCGCAUCGCUGGCGGGCGCGCUGGGCUUCUUUUCGAUCGCCGGAUUUCUCUAUUUCUAUUCGAGCCGGAUGGCGGCCCUGCGCGGAGCCGCCGGCUUUUCGUUCGGCCAAAGCAUGGCCUUCGUCCUGCGGAUGUCGCUGUUCGCCGGGAUUCUCGGCGGACUGGGCAUGUUCGUGCUUUACAAAUGGAUCGACCCGGAAUUUUUCCGGCAACAGAUGGACCUGGCGAUCGCGACCUACGUGGAAAACGGAUGGGACGAGAAAGCGGUCGAGUCGGCCGGUACGAUCGCGGCGAGAAUGAUGGGGAACCCGCUCUUCGUCGUGUUCAGCGGCGUGGGUACGAUGAUUAUUUACGGCGGACUGCUCGGCCUGAUCGUAUCGUUGUUCGUCAAACGCCACGGCGACCCAAACAAUCCGAACAUCUCGAUAGUCGUCCCGCUGUACAACGAGGAGGAAUCGUUGCCCGAAUUGCUCGCAUGGAUCGAGCGGGUGAUGGCGGAGAACCGCUUCUCGUACGAAGUCAUCUUCGUGGACGACGGCAGCAACGACCGCUCGUGGAAGCGCAAUUACGGGAAAUCGGCCGGACUCUACUGCGGCUUCGAAGCGGCCCGGGGCGACGUCGUGAUCACGAUGGACGCCGAUCUGCAGGACUCGCCGGACGAAAUCCCGGAACUGUACCGGAUGGUUACCGAAGAGGGAUACGACCUGGUCAGCGGAUGGAAAAAGCGCCGGUUCGAUCCGGUCGGGAAGACGCUGCCGAGUAAAUUCUUCAACGGCACGGCGCGACUGGCUUCCGGAAUCAAGCUGCACGACUUCAACUGCGGCCUGAAAGCCUACCGCAACCAGGUGGUCAAAAGCAUCGAGGUUUACGGCGAAAUGCACCGGUUCAUCCCGUUCCUGGCCAAGCAAGCCGGUUUCAAACGAAUCGGCGAAAAGGUCGUGCAUCACCGGGCCCGGAAGUACGGGGUGUCGAAAUUCGGAUGGGAACGGAUGAUCAAGGAUAUCUCGACCUGA